UGUUUUAUUGCAGGUAUGUAACAUGUGUCACUAAUCUCCUAUCUACCUGGAUGAAACAGAAAUUUCUUUCUUACAUUUUCGACUAAACGAAUUCAGUUUCGAUUCAAACUUCAAAGGGUGAACAGUGAAACUAAACACUCAUAUCCAACAGCCCAAGAUUGUUUUAAAUUGGCCACACUUGUGACUGUGUAAAAUUUUUAAAUUCAAUUUAUUGCCGCAAUGUCGUGCCUAUUUAUUUUGAUUGUGAUAAGCUUGAUAUACCACAGCAGUGGCUGGUCGUACUAUUACAACAAUAGAUUCCCAACGAAUGGAUUGAGGAAUGUAGUUAGUUUUCCAGCCUCACCAGUGUUGUAUCCCAGAGAAGGUGGAAUAGUGAGCAUCGAAAAUACGUUACAGGAAUGUGUUGGAAUUUGUGUGCCGAAAGAUAAGUGCGAAAACGGUUCGAUAUCGAGAAAAUUUGUAGCUUUGAUGAGAGCCAGAGUACCUGAUGCGAUUAUCAGCGACGACAUAUCGUACUGCAUGGAAUCGGAAAUGUGUUGCAAGUUUAAGGACGAAUCGGAAGCUUAUGACGACCAGGCAAUUGUAAUCGAAAAUAAUGAAAUUCAGAAAAGUGGCCAUCGCAAAUGUGGACAACGAAACUUUGUUGGAAUUGAGAGUCGAAUCAGUGAUGGUGACAUCGCCCAAUAUGCUGAAUUUCCAUGGAUGGUUGUUGUGCUAAUGAAAAUGGACAUUUCCCGAGACGAUGCAACAGCGUACUCUUACAAGUGUGGCGGAUCGUUGAUCCAUCCGUCUGUCGUAUUAACAGCAGCCCAUUGUAUCGAUUCAAUCAAACCUGGAAAAUUGGUGAUUCGUGCAGGCGAAUGGGAUUUGUCCGAAACUGACGAACAGUAUCUUCAUCAGGACAGAAGUGUUCGUUCUAUUGUCAUCCACAAAGGCUUUUCAAAACAGUCAUUGCAUAAUGACAUCGCAUUGCUCAUUCUAACGUCUCCAGUAGAAUUAACUGACACCGUCAAUACGGUUUGCUUGCCGCAAAUGAAUGCCCAGUAUAAUGAUCAACGCUGUUUUGUGUCCGGUUGGGGUAAAGAUAGUUACGGUGUGACAGGUUCUUAUCAAACGAUUUUGAAAAAAGUCGAGGUUCCAGUCAUAUCUCACGAUAUGUGCCAGCGACAGUUACGACAGACAAUUCUGGGCAAGUUUUUCCGCCUUCAUCGCUCGUUUAUCUGUGCAGGAGGAGACUCAAAUUUUGGCGAUUCGUGCAAGGGAGACGGAGGUUCUCCGAUGAUGUGUUACAAUGCGGACACCAACAGCUAUGAUCAAAUAGGCAUUGUUGCUUGGGGGAUCGGCUGCAAUCAAUUUAAAAUACCUGCAGCUUAUGUGAAUGUAGCUACUAUGAGACGGUGGAUCGAUCACGAAAUGAAAAAACGAAAUCUCGAUUCGAGCUAUUACAUCGAGUGAAAUAUGUGUCUCUGGUUCGUAAAAUUUUCAGUUAAAUAAAAUUGAAGGUAAAAAAAU